CUCUAAGCUGCAGCAAGAGAAAGUGUACGUAGUGGGGCGGGGGACAGGCCAAGUCUGUAGUCCCGGUUUGUACAUGUGUCUUUCUUCUUUGGGGGGCUGUGCAUCUACAGGCAAGCAAGACGGGACUAUAUACAUUUAUUGCACCAGUCACUGUUUUUCCUCUCGGGAAGACACACGUUUAUUAAUGCUACUUGCUUGCAUGAGCGGGGCUUUUUCCCCCCAGCUGACUCCCUGGCAGCCGCUGAAUAAUAAUAGAAAAAACUCUUGAUCCCUCUAAUUACGGGUUCUGGACGAAGAUUUUUUUAUUAUUAUUAGUUUCGCUUGGUGAGGUGGGCAUUUUAUUUUUUUUUCUUUGUGGUUUUUUUUUGUGUGUGUGUCCUUAGAAGAUUUUUAGCAGUGGGCGUGCUGCUUCUGCCGAGACACCUCAAGUACUAGGAGAAGGUGAAAGACAAAAAAAAAAAAAAAACACUUGUGAACGCCGGGGUGGGGGAAGAGGUGGAAAAGAGAGAGACGGAGAACUAGGAUUGGCGGCUGUGUUUUUUUUUUCCUUUUUUUUCAAAGAAAGGCACUCUUUCCACUUAGAGCCUCCCAGUGCAAAGUUGCGGUGAAAGGCGUGCGAAAGUGUCGGAGAGGCAAACGCGGUGUGGAGCUACAACUAUUUCUCGGAGGGAGUCGUGCCUUAAGUAGCGGGGGACGAAGCGCUUGCGAAGGGGGCUCGAGAGCUCCGACUGACUGGCAAAGUUGAGUGUUUUGUUUCAAGCGGGUGCCAAGCUGAGCCCCGCCGACUCUCCCGCAGCCGCUGCGGCGCGCGCCGACCCCCAAAAUGGUGCAACAGACAAACAACGCGGAGAACACGGAAGCACUCCUGGCCGGCGAGAGCUCGGACUCGGGGGCCAGUAUCGAGCUGGGCAUCGCCUCUUCUCCGACUCCAGGCUCGACUGCUUCGACGGGGGGCAAAGCGGACGAUCCGAGCUGGUGCAAGACGCCCAGCGGGCACAUCAAGCGGCCCAUGAACGCUUUUAUGGUGUGGUCUCAGAUCGAGAGGAGGAAGAUCAUGGAGCAGUCCCCGGACAUGCACAACGCUGAGAUCUCCAAGCGCCUGGGCAAGCGUUGGAAGCUGCUCAAGGACAGCGACAAGAUCCCUUUCAUCCGGGAGGCGGAGCGGCUGCGCCUCAAGCACAUGGCGGACUACCCCGAUUACAAGUACCGACCCAGGAAGAAGGUGAAAUCGGGCACGAACUCUGGGAAGCCGGGUGAGAAGAGCGGGGGUGGAGGGAGUGGCGGCGGCAAUCAGGGAGCAGCCGCCUCCGCCGCUGCUUCCAACUCUUCUAAACUCGCCCAGAAAAAGGGCAGUGCCGCCAAACUCUCUCCCAGUGGCGCCGGCAAGCCGCAUCCCAAACUCAGCCUGAGUGGCGGCGGCGGCACGAAAGCUCCGUCCUCUUUUGCAUCGGAACAGCCGGCUGCCCUCCUGCCCCCGGAGCACCAUUCUUUGUACAAAUCCCGCGCCGCCUCGCCGGGCUCCUCCUCGCCCUCCAGCAGUAGCAGCAGCAGCAGCAGCCACAGCAGCCGACAUCUCCCUGAGAAGAAGGCCAAGCGGCUCUACCUCUUCUCCCACUCAUCGCCCGGCGGCGCCGUUCCGGCCAGCCCGACCCUCAGCACUUCCACCGAAGCCAGCGACCCGCUGAGCCUCUACGACGAAGUAGCGGCUGUGGGCAGCCGGCAGGACGGGGGCGAGCCCUCCGCUUCCCCCGUGGGCGGUUGCUCGCCAUCGGACCACCGAAGCUACACCAGCCUGCGGGCGCCCUCGCCCACACCGUCGACCUCGCACUCCUCGUCAGGUUCCUCCUCCGCCUCCUGCGCUUCCUCCUCCUCGGAUGACGAGUUCGAAGACGACCUGUUGGACCUCAACCCCAGCCCUGGUUUCGACAGUAUGGCGCUGGGGAGCCUGAGCUCCUCGGCCCUCGACAGGGAUCUGGAUUUUAACUUGGAGCCUGGCUCGGGCUCUCACUUUGAGUUCCCAGACUAUUGUACCCCGGAGGUAAGUGAGAUGAUCUCGGGAGACUGGCUCGAAUCCAGCAUUUCCAACUUGGUCUUUACGUACUGAGUGGGGGGACGAAGCUGCUCAAGAGGAGAGCAAGCGGUGCGCGCGGGGAAGGGAAAGAGACGCGGACAUGGCACUCGGACCCAGGCGCGCUGCAAAACUGAAGAGCGAGCCUUUCGCCCACAGUCGUUGAGUGCGCCCCCCAGCCCCCCCGUUACUGAAACUGACUUGAGGGGCGGGUGUGCGCGCGCUUUUAUCGCUAACGCGGCAAAAGGGAUCAACGCGUUCUUCGCCGAAAAAGCCACCACAGAAAUAUCUAACUACAUCGAUCCCCACCCCCUUUUUUUCCACGUUUCAUCCUUCUUUUGCAGCCGAAGAAUGAGAAGCACGUUUCAGACUCUGGUGAGAAUCUAGUGGCUUAAACAGGAAUGGCAACUACAGCAGGAGGGGGUGGAAAUAGCGCACAUCUUUGCUUCUUGUUGGAAGGGUUUGGAGGGACGGGAAAAGGUAGAUUCUGCUAUGUGUAUUAGAUAUGUCUUUGGGUUAGGAGCUAAAGCUCGUGUGCUUUAAACAGACCUGCAGCCAAUUUGCGUUUUUGGAGGGUUCUCUCUCUAUACAUCAAAAGGGAUGAGGGAGGAGGAUGGCCCUGGGAACUGGACUGAAUCCUAAAUGGAAGGAAAAGGAGAGGCAAGCAUUUUAAAACGAACUGGAAAUUCGGCUGAAAACAUGAUAAUAAUAAAACCGAAAAGGAUUUGCACGUUUAUGGGAGAAGGUGGUGCUGAUUCUCUAAGUCACAUUACCUUAUAUUCAUAGAAGUCAUGUGGAAUUUCAACAACUUUUUUUUUUUUUUUAAUGGAGACAGAUAUAGAACAUACCAAGUUUCUGUAAUGAUGUGGUACAGGGGAAAUUGAGGGCGAUUGCUCUUUCUUGCAAAAAUGUGUUUUUCUUACUCAGAAUUGUGAUGGUGUUGGAUUAUUUCUCUGGUGGGGUUUAAUAUAGCAUGUUAUCCUAUCUUUUGGAGUUUUUUGUAAGACUGUUGAACAGUUUAAAAAGAAUAGUGUUAGAAUAAUAUAAAAAGCAGAUAGAUGGCGCUAUGUUUGAUUCCUACAAAAAUUAUCACCAGCUUUUUUUCAUUCUUAACUCUUUAAAGGAUUCAAACGCAACUCAAAUCUGUGCUGGACUUCAAAAAGAACACAGGACCAAAUUUUUCCUCAGUGUGUGUGUGUAUGUGCGUGUGUUCCUCUGUAGCUGUAAAUGAAGACUCUUUUCACACCAGGAUUCAUUCUUGAAAUGUUCUUUUUCUUUCUAAAUGGAAUUGGAUGCCAUUUUAUAAGUGAAGUAUUUAUACUGGCCAAAUGUUUUUACUUGUAUUCCUUUGUCUUUUUUUUUUUUUUUGGUAGUUCUGUUUGUUACCCACACCAUUUUUAUGUCACCUUCACUGAAGGGCUAGAGUUUUAACUUUUAAUUUUUUAUAUUUAAAUGUAGACUUUUGACACUUUUAAAAACAGAAGAGAAGAUGAAAACGUUUGAUUAUUUUCUCAGUGUAUUUUUGUAAAAAAUAUAUAAGGGGUGUAAAUUGCUGUUUUGGAUUUCCUGAUUAUAAAUAGGGCUGCUGGUUAAUCUCUCACACAAAAUCAGUCCCUACUUUCAUCAUGUUUACACUCCAAUCUGCAGGCUUCUUAAAGAGACAGUAUCUCUUCUAUCUACCGAUUCAACUCUACUUGUGAGUUGAGAGAGGAAUUGAACUCUAAUCCACUGUAGGGCUAAUUUCUAACAAAUCCUCCCUCAAAAUAAACGGUAUGUUGUAUUGAGCAACAAGAAUAUUUUUCAGGAAAAAGGGAUCCUGUAGCUUUAACUUCAAAACCACAUCUUUUGCACUUUUUGUAAGCAAAAAAAAAAGUAAACAAAAACCAUGCCAUUUAAAUCACUGGACCUAUCUAAAUGCCGAUUUGAGUUUGCAACACUAUGUACUGCAUUUUUCAUUCUUGUAUUUGACUAUUUAAUCCUUAUACUUGUCGCUAAGUAUAAUUGUUUUAGUCUCUUAUGGCAUGAUGAUAGCAUAUGUAUUCAGGUUUAUAGCUGUUGUGUUUAAGAUGAGAAAAAGUGAAAACAUCUUUGUACAUUUAAGUCUGUAUAAUAAUAAGCAAAAAAGAUUGUGUGUUUAUGUAUGUUAAUAUAACAUGACAGGCACAAGGACAUCUGCCUAAUGAAGAGGUUCCGUUAAGGGUUUUUUCUCUUUUCUUUGGUUUUUUUUUUUGGUUUUUUGGUCAUCCAUCCUGUGCAAUAUGCUGUGUGGAAUAUCUUUGUUUAACAAUCUGCCCAUAAUACAAUGGUGGGGUGGGGUGGGGAGGGGAGGGAAAAGCUGGCUAAUAAAGCCGAGUUCACUGCCUGUCAGAUUGUCCAUAUUCUUUCUGUAAAUAACCUUUUCCCCAAAGGAAAUAAAAUCAGCUGGAACUGAACCCUAAAACCCUGCUGGCUCUUGUCAUUAUUCUAGACUUUGUGGCUGUGUAUUUUUGCACUGUCAGUAAAAAAUAUUUUACAGUGAUGGGUCUCAUAUGCAGAGCUGUUAAUACAGAAACUUGUCCCCUUUCCCUCCCCUCCCUGCCAGCUGAAGCUUCAUCUCUUUGUGCAUCUUUGAGUGUAUUCUGUGCUUGCAUGCUUUCUAGGAAUAGGCAUGUAUUAAGGAAAUGUUAAUAGCAUUUUCAGUGGAAGACCAAAAGACUAGAAUGGGAUAUGGGCUUAUGUUCACAGAAGGCUAUUGUAGGGAAAAUGCAGCUAUAAGGAAUGUGCUUUAAAAGGUCCCAUUAACCAUUUGUCCUAUCAGUAUGACCUUGCAAUGUGAAAAUCCUGCCUUACAUCCCUUCAAUUCUGAUUGGGUGUUCUACAGUAAAAAAAUGGCCAAGAUACUUCUAGGGUUCACAAAUGGAUUUUAUAGCUGAGUAAUUAUAUCAAAUUUCCAUUCCAGUCUUCAAUAAAAUAUAAUUUAAAUGUUCUUAGCUUGGCUCAUUGCCAAAGUAACAUGUUAAACUUGUUUCCCUUUUCUAGUCUUCCAUAACCAAUUGCAAUAGACCCAAUAACAAAAAGCACAGGGAGCUGGGGAAGGGAAAUGCACACUAUGAACAAUAUUUUUCUUGGUAUGGUCUCUCUUCAGGGUAUCAUCUGGCCGUUUUGUCUUUUAUAUAACCCCUUUUCAAGCGAAUGUGAAAUACUAGGUCAUUAGGUGAAGUAUUGUGGCAGCUUUGAUGAAUCUUAGAAUAUGUACUGCAGAUCAAUAUGUGGGGAGGGAGGAACUGCCCACAUAGACCUGAACUCAGUCUUGGAAUUGAAUUGUACUGUAAAUAUAUACGCAUUGAAUAUAUCACUAGUCAAAAAGUUUCUGUCCUGAUCAAUUUUUUAAAGCACUUAAAUGUUAAAUCCUUAAUUGGAAAUAUUUUAUACUGUGUUUUUCAAAGUACAAACCACAAUGUUUCUUUUUUAAAUGACAUUUGCCUACCAAAUACUGAUAUGGUUAUUUAUUAGAGAAUAUCACCAAAAAAUUCAACAAAAAUGGUUACAUUCUAGCAGACAAUGUUUCAGUGAUGAGUUUGUGUAAUAAUGGAUUGACACUGUCCUACUGGAUUCCUAGAGCACAAUAGAUGGGCUCUGUUUGCAUGACAUGUUUACCUAUUGUUCACUUGACCAUGGUUUAUAUAAUCUUUUUUUCUGUGUAUGCAGGACCUAGUGAACCAUGAAUUACAUGGGUUAGGUUUGUACAACCCACCAGGGUAAAAUAUGGUUUGGUGGAUUUUUUAAUGAACUGUUGAACAUAACCAUGAACUAAGGGCAAAGGGAUGUUUGAUUUUUAAACAAGGAGCAGUAUACUUUCAGCAUCAAUAAAACAAGCCAAUGUUUACAACAC